AUGGUGAUGGAGAUGUACAGAGGAGCAGGAACAGCGGUCAGGAUAAACGGUGGAGAGACAGAGGAGUUUGGUGUGGAGGUGGAACUGCAUCAGGGGUCAGCACUCAGCCCAUUGGUGUUUGUGGUGGUGAUGGAUGUGGUGACAGCGGAGAUCAGAGAUGGAGAGAAGUGGGAGUUGGUGUUUGCAGGUGACCUAGUGACCGUAGCAGACACUCAAGAGGUUAGAAGUAAAUGCACAGACGCUGGAAGUGUUGGUGCGUGGCAGAGUGAGGAGCAAUGUGCAGGUGAGAGAUGUGAUGGGUGA